UUAUUCCUAUUUUUGCAGUGCACGAGAUUGUACAGCAGUGCAUGCUGGUGCCCCUUUUGUAGGAUGCAGUCAGGUCACUGAAUGGUAGGGCAGUAGUUCGAGAGUGCUCCUGGAGGAUCCUCACAACAGGGACAGAAGAACUGUUUUGCAGCAUCAUCCUGAUGCUGCCUUCCCCGGCUGCAGUUGCUUCACUGCACAUCCACUCUAUGUUAUAUCCGGAAAUCCAUCUGUUCUCCAGGACAGGAACUUACUGGGGUCAGAUUGCAUUAACUAUCCGUGGCAGCCAUAUAUUUUUUUUGUGACUGCCCUUGAGAUUUUUCUCAGGAAGAAGCCUGUGUGGAUUAGGCCUCCUGGACAGGUAGCCCAGUCUCGAGCAGUCCUUUCUGCAUGGAGGAAGUAGGAAGGUGCCUGUGUGUAGGUGUCUGUACACACAUAGGAAGUUACCAGUAUUAGAUACCUACAUAUGGGUGCUGUCUUAUAUCUGGAGCACAUAUAAUGCUUAUUAUUGCUUAUAUGUAGGGAUGGUAGGGACACUGCUUCCUCAUGCAGGGUUUCAGUGGUUCUGUGGCAGAGGAGUCCUGGGCUUUGCCUUCCACUGCCAUUAAUACAGACUGGGUGGUCUGCAUCACUUUUCACUGUAUCUGUCACAGUACUAUUGUUGGGAAUGGUUUCUGCAUUCUGUAGCAGAGAGGAAACUGAACCUUGGUCUUCUGCCUCUGGGGUAUAUUUACCCCUUAGGUUAAUGUAUGAGAAAUGUGUAGUACCUCCAUAGCUUUUAACAGCUCUUAGAAACAAGAAUCUGCAUGUGUAUUUGAGAGCUUCUGCACAGACCCUGAAGCUGUCUUAAAGCUGUUUUAAGUACUUAUGUACUCUAGGAAGAAAAAUAUGUAGAUGUGCAUAGUUAACUUCAAGAAAGAGCUUACCUUAUUCACAGCCAGGCUGGUAACUCGGGCAAGGUGCAUGAGUGUCUCUAUUUGCCAGCAUCUAGCCACAGUAUGGGCAGAAAUCUUAUGUUUGCUUGCAAUCAAAUGUCCACAUCUAGAUGGUUUUGUUUUAUCUUUGUCUCUGCUGGAUUAAGAUUAGCUAGGUGCUGUCAAGGAUGAACGUGGACAUGCGUUGCUUUAAGAUUGCCUUAAAACUUGAGGUUUUUCUGGAAUUUGGUGGUAUGGGAACAGAUUUCCAGUGUAAUGAUAUUGGACUGAAAUGCCUAUACUUCGUCUUAGGUCUGUCCCCUGCUUCCUAAGCUCAGAAGACUCAUGUGUCUUUGAAGUGAUCUCAUAUUAGAAAAUCUAGCAGUUAUUGCACAUUACUGUGGUUAAAAUCCCUCAGAGCAUCAGUGUUCUCUUGCUACCUGUUAGUUUCAAUCUUCAAAGGUGAUGUUUCUUCGAAGUGGAGUUUUGGGAGGUGGAGAAAAUUACUACGGUAAAAUUUCUGGCUGUUGCAAUGUGUUCAGGGGAGCAGCAAGGAGCUGCUGUUUUCAGAGAGAAUGUCUUCAAGGUUGCUGAAAUACUUACACAGCAGUGAACAAAAUUAAAACAACACUAGCAACUUGGAUUUGUUACAUUGUAAGAAUCACUUCACCUUUUGGUGUGUUUCCUUGAAAACUGAGCAAUGGGGGUGGUAAUGCCAUCAGAAGGGGCUGCAGUUUACUGGGCCUGGUUGUUGGUAGUUGUGAGCAAAAACUAGUUUGUGAGGGCACCUAUUCCUGCUGCCAUCUAAGUGUCACAGUACCACAGAAUGGCUGAGAUUAUGUGGGCCCUCAGGAGGUUAUCUGGCCCCAGGGCCCUGCCCAAGGAGGCCCAUCUAGAGCUGGGUGCCCAGGAAUGUUUCCAGAUGGGUUGUGAGUAGUACAGGCAACCUGUUCCAGUGCUCAGUCACCGUCACAGUAAAACAUGUUUUCAGGUGUUUAGGUGGACCCUCCUGUUUCAGUUUGUUCCAGUCACGUCUGAUUUGGUUCUGCCUCUGGUCAUCACUGAAAAAAGGCUGGCUCUGUCCUUCUGCUCUACACCCUCCAUUCAGAAUAUGCGUUUAAGGCCAUAAACCAAGGUGGACUUACAUCUGUAGCUGUUCGUGGGAAAGAUUCUGCAGUAAUUGUAACACAGAAGAAAGUACCUGACAAGUUACUGGAUUCCAACACAGUGACUCAUUUAUUCAAGAUUACUGAAAAUAUUGGUUGUGUGAUGACAGGAAUGACAGCUGACAGCAGAUCCCAGGUGCAGAGAGCCCGCUAUGAGGCUGCUAACUGGAAGUACAAGUAUGGAUAUGACAUCCCUGUGGAUAUGCUGUGUAAAAGGAUUGCAGAUAUUUCUCAGGUCUAUACACAGAAUGCUGAAAUGAGGCCCCUUGGUUGCUGUAUGAUUUUGAUUGGUAUUGAUGAAGAACACGGCCCUCAGGUAUACAAGUGUGAUCCAGCAGGUUACUAUUGUGGAUUCAAGGCCACAGCUGCAGGAGUAAAACAGACAGAGUCAACCAGUUUUCUUGAAAAGAAAGUAAAGAAGAAAUUUGACUGGACAUAUGAACAAACAGUAGAGACAGCAAUAACAUGCCUGUCUACUGUACUAUCCAUUGAUUUCAAACCAUCAGAAAUAGAAGUUGGUGUAGUCACAGUGGAAAAUCCUAAGUUCAGGAUCCUUACAGAAGCAGAGAUUGAUGUGCACCUUGUAGCUCUGGCAGAGAGAGACUAAUUAGCGUUCCUGUUUCCAUUGUCUGUGCUUCUGGCCAGGAUGUUUGGUGAAAACACUUAAGAAUGGUUUUAGAUUAUGGGUGGAAAACAGUGUUCGCUAUAUGAUGUAUUUUACUCUGUACAAAUAAAACAGAGGUUUUUGAAAUUC